GCUACACCGCCACACCCAUGGACAACCCCCUCCCCCAGGUCUCCGCUACUGCAUACGCCCUCGGCAUCGUCUCCGGCGCAGCCCUCGCUCUGGCCCUCGGCUGCCCGCUCUUCGCCUCCUUCGUCUAUCUGCCGCUCUACGUCUGCUCCGUGGCCACCUUCCACUUCCUGGAGUACUUCUGCACCGCGUCGUACCAGCCCGCGCGCGUGGACGUGUCGUCGUUCGUGCUAAACGACACAGCGCUCUACCACGUGGCACACGCAACAGCGCUGAGCGAGUGUUUGGUGGAGCUGUGGCUGGUGCCCGGGUUCAAGAAGAACCCGGGGCUGCGCCCCGUGAAGCUCGUCGGGCUGCUGCUCACGGUGGCCGGACAGUGCACACGCUCGCUGGCAAUGAAAACCGCCGGGCAGAACUUCUCGCACGUGAUCCAGCGCAAGAAAGAACAGGGCCACGUCCUCGUGACACACGGGAUCUACGCGUACCUGCGGCACCCGAGUUACGUGGGCUUCUUCUACUGGGCGCUCGGCACGCAGCUGCUGCUUCUCAACCCGCUGUCCUUGUGUCUCUUCGCCGUGCUGCUCUACCGCUUCUUCUCGUCGCGCAUCCGGUACGAGGAGGGCUGUCUGACGCACUUCUUCGGCAAGGACUACGUGGCCUACAAGCGGACGUCGCGCAUCGGCAUCCCCUUCAUAUGAGCAUUCUGGGCACGGAAAUGCUUACUUGUACACGGCCUCUCUAUAUAGUAUACACUUUUGUCUGAAACUGUCGCCUGCAACUCUCGUCUGCAACUCUCGUCUGCAGCUUUUGUACAUUGUGUCCGGACACCACGCUAGUCGUCCGACGUCAAGUCGAUGAUCUCCGGCUCCACCAGACUCACGUUGCGUCCGGCGCCGCCCCGGCCCAUGCUGCCGUGCUUCUUCUUGCUGCUGCUGCUGCUGGCGUUGGCGGAGCCGGCGGCGCCCCCGCCCUUCCGCUCGCGGAACACCCCGCUCACGUCGUUGGCGCUCUGCUUGAACAUCCUCAACAAGUCGUUGGAGCCAUGG